CUUUUUAACUUUUGCGUUUCGGACCCGCCGUGUCUCCGUGGACAUGGGGAUGUGUGUGUGGGACGUGGACAGUGUGGAAGUGUGGUAGUGGAGUGAAUGAAGUCCUCCACGGAACGGGUAGCUGCUGGCUUUGUGGAGGAUUUGAAGAAAUUGCUCGGAGUUCCCCCCUCCUCCUCCCUCUCUCGCUCGCUCUCUCUCCCCUCCUCCUCCUCCACCCGUCUCCCACCGCCUCCUUCUAAUUUUUUAUGCAUUUUUCUAAACUGUCAUGGCGUAUUUGUGUCCUUGGAAAUAAAUGCGGCUGAAAGCGCUAGUGUUUGGUGAUAACCGGAGGAUGACUCUCUGGUGAGCGGGGGGUCCGGUGUCCGGAGCAGAUGCAGUGAAGGAUAGACGAUGAAGAUACACAAAAAGGACAAGCAGCAGAUGCAUGGUGGCCUUUUGAAGCAUACUCCUUCAUCCUCCACUGCGGCAGCCUCCUCUUCCUCGGACCAAAACAGCAGCAACGCACAAACUACAUUACCCACGAUCCCGCGGGGCCAGCUGGUCCUGGGCCCCAAGGACCAGCUCCGCCUUCUCAACCCUGUUGGUGCCACAGCAACGACCAAUCACAUCACGGGCCAUGCCUCCCGGCACUCCGGAGGAGGAAGAGGAAGUGAUGAAGAGGAUGGAGGUGGAGGAAGGGCCGGAGCCCGGGUGAAAAAAAAAAGAAAGAAAAAAGAGAAGCGAGAGAAGGAGAAAGCGGAGAAGGAGGAGAGGGAGAGCAGGAAACCAAAGAAACGACGGGAGGAGAAGGAGAAGGAGAGGGAGAAGGAGGUGGAGACGCCUCCUCCUCCCGGCAGGAGGUGGAAGGAAGGGAGGAAGGCGUCUCAGCGAGUGGAGCUGAAGCGGGCGGCGGAGAGGAAGGACCUCAGCCAGGUGCCCGUCAAGGUGCCCGCGAAGAGAGGGAGAAAGCCCAAGAUUAAAAUCAUCCCUCCGGCCCCACCCCCAGCAACGGAUGCUGAGGCAGUCCCCAUGCCCCUCCCCACCCUGGUGGUGAGCACCAAGGCGGGAGGACACCCCCGAAUACAGACCUCCCUGGCCCAGGCCAAGGCCCAGAAACCCAGCCAACCCCCAGCCCACAAGCACCCCCCGGCACCCAGACAGACUCCAACACCCAAGCACGCCCUGGCCAACAAGCACGCCCCAGCAACCAGGCAUCUCACGACACCCAGACAGGCGCCAGCACCCAAGCAGACCCCAGCAUCGAAACACCCUGCAGCACCUAGAAACCCUCCAGCGCCUAAAAACCCUCCGGCGCCCAAGCAGAGGGGACGCAAGCCAAGAGAUCCCGGCGUGGCCCCAGUGGAGAAGAAGAAGAAGGGGAAGAGGAGAAACCAGGAGGUGGUGGUCCCAGAGGGGCCAGAGAGCGACGAUGCAGCCUCAGUAUCCACCCUGACCCUGGGGGGAGAUGACAGCCAGGACCCCCUAGAUCACACGAAGCGGCGGUCGGGCCGGCAGGUGAAGAGGAGGAAGUACAACGAGGACCUGGACUUCAAGGUGGUGGACGACGACGGGGAGACCAUCGCCGUGCUGGGGACCGGACGAAUCGGGGCCUUCAACGCCACGGCGCUCGCCUGGCAGGCUGAGGAGCCACCUGAAGAUGAGGCAAACAUCAUCGAGAAAAUUCUGAACGUCAGAACAGUGAAGAAGGAGGGUGCUUCUUCAGAGGAGGUAGAAGAUGAAGCAGAGGAGUUCUACGUCAAGUACCGAAACUUCUCGUACAUGCACUGUAAAUGGGCCACGCUGGAUGAGCUGGAGAAAGACCCACGCAUCCACCAGAAGAUCAAACGCUUCAGGACCAAGCACGCCCAGAUGAAACACCUGUUUAUUGAGCCGGAUGAGGAUUUAUUUAAUCCAGACUACAUAGAAGUAGACAGAAUUCUGGAGGUAGCUGUUACCACGGAUACUGAGACAGGCGAGGAAGUGACCCACUACUUGGUCAAGUGGUGCAGUCUGUCCUAUGAGGAGGCUACCUGGGAGCUACAGGAGGACCUGGACGCCUCCAAGAUCAAAGAGUUUGAGGAGAUCCAGAAAAUACCUGCUGACCUCCGAUACAUAGAGCGACCCCUCCCUGAUAAGUGGCAGAAGCUGGGGCACUCCAAAGACUACCGCGGGGCCAACCAGCUCCGAGAAUACCAGCUGGAGGGCAUGAACUGGCUGCUCUUCAACUGGUACCAUCGGAAGAACUGCAUCCUGGCCGACGAGAUGGGUCUGGGGAAGACCAUCCAGUCCAUCACCUUCCUGUACGAGAUGUUCAGCCUGGGCAUCCGCGGGCCCUUCCUGGUCAUUGCACCCCUCUCCACCAUCACCAACUGGGAGCGGGAGUUCCGCACGUGGACCCCCCUCAACGCCAUCGUCUACCACGGCUCCCAGAUCAGCCGGCAGAUGAUCCUGCAGUACGAGAUGUUCUACCGAGACCCCCAGGGGAACUCUAUCCCAGGGGUGCUGAAGUUCCACGGGGUGAUCACCACCUUCGAGAUGAUCAUGGCCGACUGCCCCGAGCUGAAGAAGCUCCACUGGCGCUGCGUGGUCAUCGACGAGGCCCACCGCCUCAAGAACCGCAACUGUAAGCUGCUGGAGGGCCUGAAGAUGAUGAACCUGGAACACAAGGUUCUGCUGACCGGCACUCCUCUGCAGAACUCUGUGGAGGAGCUGUUCAGUCUGCUGAACUUCCUGGAGCCGCUGCAGUUCCCCUCAGAGAGCACCUUCCUGGAGGAGUUUGGGGACCUGAAGACAGAGGAGCAGGUGAAGAAGCUACAGGCUAUCUUGAAGCCCAUGAUGUUGAGGAGGCUGAAGGAUGAUGUAGAGAAGAACCUGGCACCUAAAGAAGAGACCAUCAUAGAGGUCGAGCUGACCAAUAUGCAGAAGAAAUACUACCGGGCCAUCCUGGAGAAGAACUUCUCCUUCCUGUCUAAAGGUGCCAACCAGCACAACAUGCCCAACCUCAUCAACACCAUGAUGGAGCUACGCAAGUGCUGCAACCACCCCUACCUCAUCACAGGAGCGGAGGAGAAGAUCCUGGACAGCUUCAGGAAGAGCCACAGCCCGGAUGCGUGGGACUUCCAGCUGCAGGCCAUGAUCCAGGGUGCGGGGAAGCUGGUGCUGAUAGACAAGCUGCUGCCCAAGCUGCUGGCCGGGGGGCACAAGGUGCUCGUCUUCUCCCAGAUGGUCCGCUGCCUCGACAUCCUGGAGGACUACCUCAUCCAGAGACGCUACACGUACGAGCGCAUCGACGGGCGCGUGCGCGGGAACCUCCGGCAGGCGGCCAUCGAUCGCUUCUCCCGGCCCGACUCGGACCGCUUUGUGUUCCUGCUGUGCACGCGGGCGGGGGGGCUGGGAAUCAACCUCACCGCCGCGGACACCUGCAUCAUCUUCGACUCCGACUGGAACCCCCAGAACGACCUGCAGGCUCAGGCGCGCUGCCACCGGAUUGGCCAGUCGAAGGCGGUGAAGGUGUAUCGGCUGAUCACCAGGAACUCGUAUGAGAGGGAGAUGUUUGAUAAGGCCAGCCUGAAACUGGGUCUGGACAAGGCUGUUCUACAGGACAUCAACCGCAAAGGCAGCGUCAAUGGGACGCAGCAGUUGUCUAAGCUGGAGGUGGAGGACCUGCUGAGGAAGGGUGCGUACGGAGCCCUGAUGGACGACGAGGACGAGGGCUCCAAGUUCUGUGAGGAAGACAUCGACCAGAUCCUCCAGAGAAGAACCCAGACCAUCACCAUCGAGUCUGAGGGCAAGGGCUCCACCUUCGCCAAGGCCAGUUUUGUGUCUUCUGGGAACAGGACAGACAUCUCCCUUGACGACCCCAACUUCUGGGCCAAGUGGGCCAAGAUUGCGGAGUUGGAGAUAGACUCCAAAUCAGAGAAGGAGUCCCUGGUCAUCGACACCCCGCGGGUGAGGAAGCAGACCCGCCACUACAACUCGUUUGAGGACGACGAGCUGAUGGAGUUCUCUGAGCUGGACAGCGACUCAGAGGAACGGCCCAGUCGCUCGCGCCGGCUGGGCGAGCGAGCGCGGCGCUACCUCCGUGCCGAGUGCUUCCGGGUCGAGAAGAAUCUGCUCAUCUUCGGUUGGGGGAGGUGGAAGGACAUCUUGAACCACGGUCGGUUUAAGUGGCACCUGACAGAGAAUGACAUGGAGGCUGUCUGCAGGGCUCUACUUGUGUACUGCCUGAGACACUACAAAGGAGACGACAAGAUCAAGAGCUUCAUCUGGGACCUCAUCACCCCCAGCAAGGAGGGCCAGGACCAGGCCUUGAUGAACCACUCUGGUCUGUCGGUGCCAGUCCCUCGCGGCCGGAAGGGCAAGAAGCUGAAGAACCAGCUGAACGCCCCUGAGGUGAAGAGCGCUGAUUGGCUGGUCCACUGCAACCCUGAGGUGGUCCUUCAGGACGACAGCUACAAGAAGCACCUCAAACAGCACUGCAACAAGGUUCUGCUGAGGGUGCGGAUGUUGUACUACCUAAAGGUGGAGGUGCUCGGAGAAGCGGCCAAUCAGGCUCUGGAGGGAAUCCCUGCCAGUAAGCUGGAGGUGGCUCUCCCGGACAUCGACUACAUCGAGAUCCCGGCUGGCUGGUGGGACAGAGAGGCAGACAAGUCCCUCCUCAUAGGAGUACACAAACACGGCUACGAGCGCUACAUGGCUAUGCGUGCGGACCCUGAGCUGUGCUUCCUGGAGAGGGUGGGCAUGCCUGACGCUAUGGCGCUAUCCGCAGAACACACCGCCGGGGAGGGAGGGGCCGAGGCCGCAGACAGUGUGUGUAAGAGCGAGGAGAUGAAGGAUGAGACGGAGUUGAAGGAUGAGACGGAGUUGAAGGAUGAAACAGAGAUGAAGGAUGAGACGGAGAUCAAGCCUGACGGAGGAGAAGAGAGGGAGGAGAGGGAAGAGGUUGAGCAGAGGGAAGAGGGGGAGCAGAGAGAAGAGGGGGAGCAGAAGGAGGCCACAUGGCCCGCUGGCCCCGCCCUCACGGCCCGGCUGCGGCGCUUGGUCGCCGCCUACCAGCGCUUCACCAUGCGCCGCGAACCCCUCCCCCUCCGCCCCGACUACCUGAUGCACGACGGCCUGGUCGGCAUGACGAUGGGAGGGGGUGGGCUCCAGCAGCAGCAGCAUCACCAACAACAACAACAUCAGCAACAACAACAACAACAACAGCACCAACAAUUCCUCCAUCAGCACACCCAUCACUCCCACCAUGGUGGGGCUGGGGGCCCGUUGGCGUGGCAACUUGGGGAGGAGCUGCGGCGGUGUUCCGUGGUCGCAACGGAGACGGACCCACUCUUUCUGGAGUGGCAGCGGAGGUGGACGCGGCGCGAACAGGCGGACUUCUACCGCACAGUGUCGUCGUUCGGCGUGGUGUACGACCCCGAGAGGAAGGCGUUUGAUUGGUCAACGUUCCGGGCGCUGGCACGGCUGGAGAGGAAGACGGACCAGAGCCUGGAGAGAUACUUCAGCUCCUUCGUCAACAUGUGCAGGACCGCCUGCAGACUGCCGCCCAGGAAGGACGAAGGCCUGAUGGAUGCGGCAGUGUUUGUGGAGCCGCUGACAGAGGAGAGAGCAGCAAGGACACUGUACCGCAUUGAACUGCUCCGCAAAAUCAGAGAACAGGUCCUGCGCCACCCGCUGCUGUCCGCCCGCCUCCAGCUGUGCCGGCCGUCUCUCUACCUCCCCGUGUGGUGGGAGGGCGGGAAGCACGACCGGGACCUGCUGAUCGGGGCGGCCCGCCACGGCCUCAGCCGCACCGACUACUUCAUCCUCAACGACCCCCAGCUCACCUUCCUGGACGCCCACCGCAACUACGUCCAGAAGGAGAGCCAAGCGGCUGUCCUCGCGGGCUACGGCCCCCACCACCACCUCCACGCCGCGGCCCAGCACCACCACCACCACCACCACCACCACCACCCCGCCGCCGCCGUCUCCUCCUCCUCCUCCUCCACGUCCUCCUCCUCGGCCCACCCGCAGCUGCCGCACCCCCACUGCUGCCUCUACGACUCGGGGCUGGGCUGCCACUCACCCCAGCCCCCAGAGUACCCCCACCCCCACUCCACGCCGCCGCCGGUGCCCUCCCACCCCCACCACCACCCCCACCUCCACCCGGCGAACCCCGACGGGCCCCAGGGCUCGGCCUCCCCCGGCCUGGCCAUGGUGUCCGGACCCCGGGCGGACUUCCUGGACUGCCCCCCGCUGGACGACGGGCUGGAGCUGGGCUCGCUGUCGGCCGACGCCCUGCACGGGGGCAAGGCCUCCAAGGAAGCCCUCAACGGCUUCCCCUUCAACUCGGCCGCCGGGGGGCAGAGCAUGCUCAACUCGUACGGGCUGGGGGGCCCGGACCUGGGCUCCAAGCUGCGCAGUGACGUGCUGGUGGGCCAGCAGGGCUCCUCGGAGGAGACGGGCCUGAUGGCUCCGUCGGUGGAGCUGGACAGACUGCAGGCUCCCUGGGACGGGACGGACCACUCCAGCCCGGCCCACCACAUGUUCAACGAGGCAGACCCCAUCCUGGGCCCCCCUACACUGGAGCCGGGCUUCCUGGAGGAGGACGAGGAGGAGGCGCAGGGGGCCGACCCAGGGGGCGAGGAAGGAGGGACUCUGGAGGAGUGCCUGGGCCUCCCGCCCCCGUCCUCCUCCCACCCCUCGGCCGAGGACGCCGGGGAGCCGCUGUCCUCCAGCUACAUGCUCUUUAAGGAUAUCGGUGUGAGUGAAGAAGCCAGCGCUGACCACACAGACCUCUCAACCAGCCCCCCUCCACCCUACGUCCCGCCUCCCCCGCUCUCCCUCUCUGACAUCACCGCCCCUGAUCCUCACGAUAGGCUAGGCCACUCUGAUGUCACAGAGCCCCUAGCCAAUCAUGACGAGGAUGAAGGAUCCCGGCAGACAGGGAGUGGAGUGUUUGAAUUUGAUGACAAGGAGGAGGUGGAGGAGAUGGAUACGGACGACCUGGAGCGGAACUUGGACCCAACAGAGGACCAGGUGCUGGGACACGGAGAGUCCAGCACACACCAAGCUGACGACCAUAGUCUAGGUCUUCUGGACGGACCCUCCCUGGUAGGGGGCCCUAUUAUCGCCAUGACCCCAGAACCAGACAUGGAAGCCGGGGAGGAAGACAGCAUGGAGACCCCACCCCAACCAUCUCCUGACCUCCUGGAGCCACCUUGUUCCAGGGAGGACCUGGAGAACAUGGCCCAGGAGGAGCUCGGCUCCCUGGGGAGGCUGGAGCUGAAGACAGCGGGCGACCCAAUGGAGGAAGAGGAGAAGCAGGGGGAGGACGUGUUGGAUGGACUGGGGCUUGGUCACAGAAUCGAACAGAACGGAAUGGAUGGAUGUUCACAGGACAUUCCGUCAGCGGACCUCCCACUCAUGGAAGGAAUGGCAGAAGGUUCUAGUGCAGAAAGGACUCCCAUGACCCCAGAAGUUCCGGACGACGAUAACCUGGGCCGAGCCAUUUCUCUCCCACCCGACUCUGCGUUGUCGCCCUGCGAUCAUGACGCAGAAGUCGUCACCGGGCAACCGGAGCCACACAAAGGAGAGCUGCAACAAAACCUUUACGCUGCACACUCCAUCAUCCACUGGUCCACCUCUGAUUCGUCCCCGACCGAUCUGUCUAUGUCUGCCUUCGAGAGGAACGAGAAAGCAGGGUUCCAGCAGUCUCAACAUGGAGUUGUAGACCAGGACGACAUGGCCAACGCCAGGAGGAUCUGUGAGGACAAACCUGGUCAGCUGGGACUGGAUGGGAAGUUCUCCGCGUGGCAGGAGGAUAGCAAACCGCACCUGGUGGGCCGACCCAUCAAGAAGGAGGAGACCAAAGGGGAGGCAAUGGAGGAGGAGUUACCUUUGUAUCCACACAAUGCUCCAGACGUCAAGCCCCCGAACCUCCUCGGAUACACCGUCAAGACGGAGGGUCUUGUGCCCAAAACAGAGCAGUUCGAGUUCUCGGUGAAACCCGAAGAGAUGGAGUCCAAGUCUGAAGAUCUGAGCUUCUCCACCAAAGCCGAGAACCAUCUUCAGUUCGCCUCAUACGGUGCUGGAAUAAAGUCAGAGUCAAAGCCAGGGAGCGUGGACUUGAUUGGGUAUCCAGACUGUAACGAACUGAAGCCCGAGACCAAAUCAGAAGGUCUUGGCUUUGACGGCUACCCGGACAGCUCUGAGAUCAAGCCUGAACCCAAGCCUGAAGGGGUUGGGUUCACAGCCUACCCGGACACGAAGGUGGAGACCAAGAGGGAGUUUCUGGAGGCUGACAGCACGGUACAGACCCACAAGCUGGAGCAAGGGGAGGGGCUGGCUGAAGCCCCUGAGAGCCCACAGGUCAAAGUUCAGAUGAAGGAGGAGAGGCCAAAAUCACCAGUGCCUGUGGUGGGUCCUACCCCGCCCCCAGCCCUCGCUAGCUCUUCCCUAGCCAUGUGUGAGAUUCCAGACAGCCUUCCAUGACGCCCCGCAGCCCACCGCAAGCUGCUGCAGGAGAAAGCCCUCUACUCCUUCUCCGAGUGGCCCAAGGAUCGCGUCAUCAUCAACCGCCUGGACAGCAUCUGUCACGCUGUGCUGAAGGGGAAGUGGCCUUCGUCCAGUCAACAGUACGACUCCCCGAGCUCUCUGGCCGCUAACCCCUGCCUGGCCAACAGCCUAGCCCAGCAUCAUCCACUCCGGGCUGGCUACCUCCCUACUACAGCCCCCUGCUCCAUCUCUGCAGGCCCCACAGGGCCCCACCAGGCCCGACUCCAACAGCCCAGCCCUGGGUUAGCCUUCUCUAUCCCUCCCCCGCUCACCAGACUACCCAAGUACAAGGCCCGUGGCGGGGCUUCUGGGCGUGGUCAGUGGCGGCUCACGUCCUUGCCUCUCUUACAGGAGAGGUUGGUGGCCCCGCCCUACCUCCCUGAGCUCAAACGGGCCGGGGGGCGGCGGCCCUACGACUAUGAGGCCGCCAUCUUGGCCUCUGCCAGCAAAACGUCGGCCUCCUCUUCCUCUUCCUUGUCCGGCGCCGUCGGCGGUGACAAACCCCCGUUGGUGGCUCCGCCCUCUCACCGCGUGGGCGGACCCAUGUUGCUCAACGGCUGGCAGGAAGUGGCCAUCGACCUGACCAAACCGUCGGGGGAUAUGGCCGGAGGCACCCGUACCAGCAGCAGCAGCAGUAUGGGAGGAGGAGAGGGUGCCAUGACGACCAUGACGACGACGACAAUGGCCGGCUCUGGCCACAAGCUCCCCCCGCCCAUCACGGCGCCGCUGGGGGGUCUGGACAUGGCGGGCAUCCUCCAGGCGGGCCUCAUCCACCCCGUGACGGGACAGAUCGUCAACGGCAACACGAGGGGAGACGACUCGCUGAGGAGGAGGCGUGGCAGGAGGAGGAACAUGGAGGCGCUGUACUCGGAGUUCGCCAAGAGCAGAGGACUCCAGCUGCAGGAGGCCAUGGGCAGGGUGGAGGCAGUCAGCCACUCCUCCGUCUCCUCCUCCACCUCCUCGCCCUCUCCCUCGCCGUCGGACCGCCCCCCCGGCCCCCCAACCCCUUCCUCCUCCUGCUCCACCCCCACCCCCGCCCCCACCCCGCCCCAGAACGACACGUUGGCCGCUGAUAGGCAGGCGGCCAGUAAGGGCCUUCUGGAUUGGCUGAGGCAGAACCCGGGCUACAGCAUGGACCUGCCAGCCUUCGCCCACUCCGGGCUCCAUGGCCUGGUGGAGCGGCCCAAGCAGCGCCGACAUCGCUGUAAAGACCCCACCAAGCUGGACGUCAGCUCCCUCACCGGGGAGGAGAGGGUCCCUGUGGUGCACCGGGGGACCGGGCGCCGGCUAGGGGGCGCCAUGGCCCCAGCCAUCAAGGAGCUGUCCCAGUGGUUGGACGCUAACUCAGAGUACUACGUAGCGCCAGACUGGGCCGAUGUCAUCAAGACCUCCGGUUUCCUCCCGGAGGUGAAGUUCGGGCGGAUCCUGACGGAGCCGAUCCACAGGGACCCGGGGUCGCGCCGGCGGGGGCGUCGGCCUCGCAGCGAGAUGCCCAAGCCCCUCCUCUCCGUGUCGGAGGCGUCGGGCCUGGCCCCGCCCCUCUUCCUGAACGGGGGUAUGAUGGGCAGCAUGGACUCCAUGGUGGCCAUGCAGAACCUCCGCGCCGGCCUCCCGGGCAUCCCCAUCUCGGGCAUCAUGGCGGCCGGCUUCCCCCACGGCUUCGCCGCGGCCGUGUCGGCGGCGGGGGCAGGGGGCUCGUCGUCCGAGGACGGCAAGAACGGCCUGAGCAUGCUGCCCAUGAUGCUCCACCACAGCAUGUCCCACCCCCAGCACGCCAUGUUCAGCGUGGGCGCGCUGAUGUCGCCCCACCCCAGCUCCUCCUCCGCCGGGGCCGCCAUGGUCACCACGACGACCACGGUGCAGUCGGCGUCGGGCGACCUCAGCCCCUCCCCCUCCCAGAGGUCGAUGACCCCGGCGGAGCGGGACGGCUCAUCCCCCUCCUCGCGUUCGGGAGGAGGAGGAGAGGGGAAGGACCGCAGGAGGGAGGAGAAGGGAGGAGGAGGAGGAGGGGGAGGGGGAGCAGGCGGCGACGGGGGUCAAAGGUUAUCGGGGGCGGACGCCGUAGCCAUCAUCACCUCCUCCAGCGGCGGUCACCUGACCUCGAGUCACCUGAGCUCGGGUCACCUGACCUCGCAGGGUGGUCACCUGAGCCUGCAGGGCGGUCACCUGACCUCGGGUCACAUGACCUCCCAGGGUGGUCACCUGGGCUUCAACCCCUUCCUCAUCCCCAGCAUGUCCCACGGCCUCCUCUACCCCCACAUGUUCCUCCCCCACGGGGGGGUCAUGACCCUGCCCGCCAUGCCCCCCACCCCCCCCAACGGCCCCCCCGCUGGCAGCCCCAAGCGGAGGAGGAAGAGGGUGAGGGAGGAGGAGCGGUUCAGGGAGGAGGAGAGCGAGGCGAGAGGAGCCGAGGAGAGAGACGCUGCGGCGCAGGCGGAGGCCGAGGCUCUCCUUCAUCCAUCCAGCUCGUCCUCCUCGUCUUUAGUCCUCCCCUCCUCCUCCUCCUCCUCCUCCUCGCUAUCUGACCCCCCAGCGGCCAACCAGAACCCUAUCACCCGGGAACCUCAACCCCCGAACCCCCCUCCAACCGGGGGCUGCUCUGGGGAGCAGAGAGAGGAGGCCGGCGAGGGAGGAGAGGAGGUGGAGAGAGGAGUGGAGAUGAGGAGAGGAGAGGAGUUAGAAGGAGGAGAGGAGGUGGCGGGAGCGGUUGUUACCAGAGAGGAGGAGGAGGAGAAGGAGGUGUGUGAGCCCGACAGACGUAUGGAAGGAGAGGAGGGCUAGUGGAGAACAGAAGGGAACAAGGGAACGAAGGAGUACAAGCGAUUCCACCUUCACCUCCACCCUCGGGCGCUCCUCCUUGACUGCAGUGUAAAGUUUGUGUCGUGUCCGUCGAUGUUUAUGUAAAAGACUUUGUAACGAUGACCAUGAGGACUCGGUAUGAUUCUAUAUGACAUGUUUGUACACCUAUAAGUACACCCCACAACCCGCCUCUAUAGUGCUCCUACAGAGGACAAACUCGUCUGUCAGUCUUUCUCUUGGUGCAGAGUGCAAACAAACUCCUCCCCGCCUCCUCCCGCCUCUCCAUAUCGGAGGAGCGCUUCAGUAUUGGUGUGUGAAUAGUAUCGUAGUGAUGUGAGCUGCUGUCUUGUUGAUCUACUUUGGGAGGUUAGGGUGUUCCAACCGGGCACACUAUGGUGGGACACUGAGCUUCUACACAGACAUGGAGACGUGGACUGUUGGUUGGGAGGGAAACUGACUGAACAUGUGGUCCUACUCAGACGAUGUUGUUGCCUCAGGGUGAGAGGUGAAAAAGUUACAAUCAACAAUUGAGUCAUUUUGGAGACUUACGGUGAAUACAGUUAAUCAAGGAGCUGGUAGGGGUUAGACAGUGAAUACAGAGACAGUUCAUUAAAGACCAGGUAGGGUUUGGAGAGUGACUACAGAGACCUUCGUUAAGGGGCAGGUCAGGGUUAGACAGUAGAUACAGAGAGAGACAGGUAUGGGAUAGACGUCUUUCUCACGGAGGCCUGCAGGUAGAUGAAGUAUGGAGAGCAGUUGUAGUCAGACCUCCCGUAUAGUGCACAAUUCUGUCGUUCAUCCUGUACUCCAAAUUGACUUGGUUGUAUGAAUACAAGAGUCCAGAUUUAAUUUUACAGAAACCUCAUUAUCUUUACAUAUCUGCCGAUAACUAUAGAUGAGGUGGUAUUUGUAGAUCUCUAUCGAUGAGUUCCCCAUGGAUGGUGAAUCAUAUACAGGAAUCUACACAUACAUGAAGAGGUGUGCGUAGAUUCCUAUAGAUUCCGCUAAUGACUAGUCCACCCUGAAGAAAAUAAAACAUGUCUGAGUCGGACUGCAGGAGAAUGAGAGAGGUUCUGAUGCUCAGAGUAUUUCACCCUGCUCUCCCUUGCACACAUUGGUGUUCUGAGCGACAAGUUGAACUAGCCGUAGGCUUUAAUAGAGUUGGAGGAGCUAAGGACCCUCUAGGUCAUGUGACUGGGACUUGGAGUACUUUCAUUGGUUGGUUGGUGGCCAAUAUGAUUAGGGUUCUCAAUUGUUCUGAAUGCAACAACAUGGAGAGUCCAUCAAUUUAAUCAGUUCCCAAAUAUUCCAGUCAUGUAACUUAAAUCUUAAGAAUUUGUCACCUUUUCAUUUCCGAGACGAUAUCAAUGUUAACGUUAGAAACGAUCAUUGGAUAUUGAUUAUGUAUUUGUAUUGUCCACCUUUUAACAGUAGGAUCAUGUUGUAUCAGUGUUAGAAUGCUACAAGUUGGAUGAAACAAUCCCGGGCAUGAAUGUUGUAUCUUGAGUUAAACCAAGCCGUCUGCCAGUCACCCAGAUUUCAUUUUAGUUUCACUUUCAUAAUGUUUUUGUUUUGAAGCCACCAUGCUGCUGUGUGGCCGCGUUCAAAAGAAAAGGUCAUUGAUCUCCUGUCUAGGAAAAAUAACCAGUGCUGUGUUCCAAUAUCCAUACUUCCAUGAGUCACUUAAACGUGGUGUUUGUAAUAACACCGUUCUUUUUUCAGUAACGGGGUAAUCUAACUAAUAACUGUUUCCGUCGUUACAACGCUGUAACUGUAUGUUAAAUGAGGUGCAUUACUAUUAAUUGAUUGUGAUUGAACUACGUAAUCCGAACGCACCCCUGGCUCCACACACAAACUGCUCGGGAGGAGACCGGGUGGGUUAACAACGAGAUAAGCAAUUAUGAUUGGCUAAGGCAGAGUCAUGUUUCAUGGUAGCCAAUCGGAUCCAGUGUUUUUACAGUCCUUUCAGUACACAUAUUUUCGCCCGAUCUGAAUUGGAACGCCCUACUUACUCAAACUAAGGCUAGUAAGUACGGAUUGUAUGGAUAUUGGAACACAGGAGAGAACAAAGGAAGAAACCAAACUAAGAUACUAAAAUAUGACUCCAUAAACGACCUGGAAGGGUUUGAUCGGACAUGGGAGCUGAGAACAAUCCUGAGAUUAUUUGGUUUCAUUAUUUUUGUGAGAUGUUUGUCUAAAGAUGUUUUUGUACAUUUUUGCAACACAUAGUCACUUUGAACCCCUGUUGGUCCUGUUACCAGGCCCUAAUUAAUGUACUUCCUGUUUGAAAGGCAACACACGGCAUCACACACUGUCCAAUAAGCAGCCAGGGGGAGGGGAGAGGAUCCCAGUAGAAGCGGUUCUAUUGGUCGGUUGGGUUCAGAGGUGGAGGAGUUGGAAGCAUUGUCAAGGGACUUGUAAUGUUGUAUUUCACGUAAAUUGUUUGUUCGGAAAAUCUGAUGUGUCCGUAUUCAGCCGUUUGUCUCAAAGGGAAGAGUAUGAGAAGCCAGUGGACAGGGAGGGGGGAAGAGGAGGGAGACAAAUAGCGUUGUAAUAAUUAUACUCCCGAGUUCCCCUCGAUCCGCACGCAAGGACGAAAGGUGUCACUCCAUCUCCAUCCAUGGCUGUAUAUCGCUUUCUAACUCUCCUCAUUCACUCUGCGUUUGCUGGUCUUGAUGGUCCACCGACCGAUGGCGUGACUUACAUGGUGUGUUUGUAAGGAACCAUGUUGUCCUCUGUGGGAUGCAACACUCUACAUUAAGAAGGGGCAAAUCAUAGGCUUUAUUUGCUCUCAUGACAGGGUAUGUAUUUUGGUAGGGGGUUGUACGUCAGUGUUGUUCUUUUUGAAACGAUGUCGGCCUGUUUUUUUCUUCUGUUACCUGUAAAUGAAUACAUUUUUGCACAGUAUAUUUUGAUGAAUGUUUACCUGUCAAUGUACUGUCUGUUCUUUCCCCUUUUUUUGUUAGGGCGCGUGUUGCCUUUCUGUUUGUGUGCUUGUGUGCUUGCAUGUGCACACAUGCACACACACAGUUCUGUCCCGGACAUUAUUAUUAUUAUUAUUAUUAUUACUGAGCUGUCUAUUUUAUCUCUCUCGCCCCCGAAGGACACCUUCAAAAAACAAAAAAACAUGACAGAAUUAUUGUUGCCUUGUCACAAUAAUGUGGCUACAUAUAAUUUAUUGUACACUUUAUCUUUUUUUUUUUUUUGCUUUGCCAAAUUCACACCAAAUAUGUUUUUUGUUUCUUAGAUUUCAUAUACUCCACGUCACAUGCCUUAUUUAGCUAGCUUUAUAUAGCCACUUUGUUACGUCUUCAUAUUGGAAAUUAUUAUAUCAAGACUUAAGUUUAGUUGAUGUUACCCAUCAGAUGCAUGCAUACACAGCCUUGCCCAUGGGCAAGAACAACCAGAGGGGUAGAAGUGAACUGGUAGUACUCUGGUGCCCUAGUUCAAAGUCUCUCAUUGAGACUCUUGUGUCGCCCACGUUGCCUUUUAAAAGUUUGAUCUGGAAUUCUAAUCAAUCGGCCUUGAAGCACAAAGGAGAAUAUGACACAGCAGUGCCUCUGAAGUCCCUUUAGUCUCUAUCGACUGUGUAACAGCCUGGCAGUGGCACAGUGGCUCCCAUUGCUGGGAGGUGGGAUCUCCCUGGCUGGGAUGGCACUGUUUGCAGACGAUUUCAUGUUUUAUCUGCAGUUGUUAAGGACUAAACCAGGUCUCUACAAGUAGCAUCUGGCUAAGCAACGCACACGUUGUAUGCAUACAAAUUAAGAAUUGGAUCUUUUGAGUUCUUGUGUGUCUAAAUAUCGAGCGAUUUGGCAACAACGUACCAAAAGAUGACUAUAAUAGAGUUCAGUUUGUUUCCUAUGUUUUAAACCAACAAAAACACCAUCCUCCAUAAUUCCACAGCCCACUCACGCACCCAAUGUUUUGUUACUUGUUAGCUCAGGUGCGAAAGAACGAGUAUAACAUUCACAGGUCAAGUUUGUUACAACUGUCAGAGGAUUUUCUAAGUCUUGUUAUGCCAUAUAUUAUCUUUUCUUUGUCUUGGCUGUGUUUGUUGUUGGCUCUUCUCCUGUAGCUCCUUUCAUGGCACUUCAAAUGUUAAGUAAAGUAAUGCAGAUGUAUCUCUGGUCACAAAUCUGAUUCCAAAAUAUUGCAGAUGAAGUCUGCUAAUGUUUCACUAAUUCUUGUUACAUGUUCUGACAAGCAGUCAAACUGUGAUGAACUUAACUUGUGCCACAUAGCACAUAGGUGGAGGGGUAAGUUAAAUUAGCCUGUUAUAUAACCAGUGAGUAUUCGACUGAAAUUCAACAUUGUACCAAAUGAAUGAAUCACAUCAAGACUGUUUUUGUUAUUGUAUGCACAUUAAUUGGAAGAUUAGUAUUUAACAAGAACAGAUGUCGUUCAUGCAAGCAAAAUAUUUUUCAUGUUCCAAGUUUCAAAAAUAAUUGAUUGUUAGGGAAAAUCCAAACCCGCUGAUCCCAAACUGCCAGGAUCCAGGGCUAAACCUUCUCAAGAUGUAUUACAUGUAUUACUAAUAGUGGGUUGUACCUUAGAAAGAUCCACCCCCAAAAGUCUGUUGCAGGGGAAACUACUACAUGUCUUCAUGAAUACUAUUUCUUGUAUAUAUAAUAUUUAGCGUAUUAUUUCCCUCCACAGCAGCAAAGGAGUAACACUCCAGGUCCAUUACUCUAAUGCACUUUUAACACAUUUGAUCCGGUUUCGAUGCGACUUCUGAGUUCGGAUCGCAAACUGCGACUACUUUGCGAUUGGGAUUCAGUAGUCUCAUGAAGCCCAAUGUCUAACAGAGAAACUGCUGUGUUGACGGUAUUCAAAGCAGUUUCUCUCUACAGUCUGACAAAGGGUCACUUUUCAUAGCAGAAAACGACAAGUUAAAAUGGUAAAACAGGCAAUCAGCAUGUAUUAGACACGUAUCACUAUAGAAUGAUAUACCGAGAGAAAUAAAAACACUUGCCAAACAUGCCACCAACACACUGCAAAUGGUUUAACUAUUAUUUUCAAGGUGUCGGUAUCCAGUUGAGUUACGUUAAUGUCUGUCUGUAAACCACCUCAUCCGAACCGUUCUGCUAACCGCUAUCAACAUUGACCCAGCAGCACUGCUACAUGACGCUAACGACGAUACCUGGUUGAUCCAGACGUACAACCUCCGAUGGUGAAUUAAAAACUGUUGUGGUGUGUUAUUCCGUUUUUUUUUCAGUUUGUAGCUAGCUCUGUAGCUGGCGCUAGCUCGGUUCCCCCCAUUUGGACCAAUAUCAUCAUCACAACUUGGUAUGUGUGAUCUUUUAUUGUGCAAUAAAAGACGACUUUCAACUUGUACCUCAGAUGUCCUUGGUCUGAUUAUCCAAAAUAUGCCCUGUGCUUCUCUGUUCUAGGUUUUUCAUACCAACCCUGUCAGUAUCGUUCCUAAUCACGGGCAGAUCUACAGGGGGCCAAGGGGGGGCAGCCCAACUUUAGAGUCUUGCAGCCUCCCUAUUUUUUUUUAAACUACUCAUGAAAAAUAAACCGUCACUAUGUCCACAAGCCUCCCAAAGCAUUGAAACAAACAAUAAUGAACCAAAGGUGUAUAAUUGGAAAUUUAAUCUUAGGCCCCUGCCCCUCAAAUACUUUACCACGGCCCUGCAUCCAACGCAUAGCGGAGCUCAGCUCACACCGUCUCUGCCACACGCAGCUGGAGUGCCGUGCAAGGCUGCAACAGAGCCCGGCAAAGAGUGGAUUGACUUGCCUGUCCU